ACCGAGAGAGAGAGGGACCCGGGGAUCCCGGUUGCUGCGGAAACGGGCGGGAGAUGAGGAAAGGGUGAUGGAAGCGACGAUGCUGCCCCCUCAGAAGAGGAAGGCCGUGGGGCCGCCGGGUUCCCCGCCCCGGACCAAGAGCUCUCGGGCGGUGGCAGCGGCCCCCGGUCUCCCCGCCGAGCCUUCGGCCAGCGGCCGGAAUGUCGGGAGCGUCCGUGCUGCGCCACCGGGAUCACCGGACGGCCCGCCCUGCGUCCGGGCUGACCGGGACGUGAAGGAUGAGGGAGCCCGGGAGCGGCAGAGCGCCGAUGAGGCAUGUCCUGGGCUCGCAGAGCAUGGAGCAGAGGGCGGUGCUGGUGAAACAGCGGCGGGUCUGCCUGGCGAUAACAGGAACCCAUGGCUGGCAGGAGUCCCAUCCCCGGGCAGCCAGUCGCCAGAGGCUGACCCUGCAGCUACUGGGGCACCGCCGGCUGAAUCUCCCCCAGGGCCCAGUCAACAACCUGAUCACGCGGCAACACCGUCCCGGUCAGAUCGCGGCGGGCUCUGGCCACCUGAGGUGUGUCAAGGAGCUCCGAGUGACGAGGAGAAGGACGAAGGGGAGAGGAACCUGGUUAUCACCGUCGAGGAGGGAGAGCUUGCCAACAAGAAGAGGGCGAAGAAAGCCCCGAGGCGGGAGAAAAAAUCGAAAGAGGGGAAAGGAGCAGGAGAAGUGCGUCCGGAGUGUAAUAUCCAGCUGGAUGACAGCUUUGAGAGAGCGCUGGAGGAUGGUGCCAAACACCACAACCUGACAGCCAUCAACGUUCGCAACAUCCUCCACGAGGUGAUCACCAAUGAACACGUGGUGGCCAUGAUGAAAGCAGCUAUGUUUGACAGUGAGCAGCCACAUCUGUUUGAACCCAAGAUGACCCGCUCCAAACUCAAGGAGGUCGUGGAGAAGGGGGUGGUCCCCCCGACAUGGAACCUAUCACCAAUCAAGAGUAAAGAGUCCAAGGCUCCCCAGUUCAUUGACAUCCCUCUGGAGGAGGAGGACUCGUCCGAUGAGGAAUACCGACCAGAGGAGGAGGAGGAGGAGGAAGAUGAGACAGCCGAGGAGAGCUUCAUGGAGAGCGAUGCUGAGAGCACCAGUUCCUCUCCUGCAGGGAGUGGCAGGCCACGGUCCAGGCAAGAGGUGUUGGAGGCCGAGGAGGAGGGCCCCUCUGAGGUGCCGGGUGUUGCUGGGAAGGAGAGGGGGCCUCCCGGUGUGACUGCCAGACACCUGAGUGUGGAGACUGUUCCGAUGGGACCCCCACCAUUGCCCCCCAAGGCCAAGCACAGACAGAACCAGGACACCAGCUUCAUGGAGAAGCUCCAUGCUGUGGAUGAGGAGCUGGCUUCCAAUGAGGUCUGCAUGGACUCCUACCAGUCCCUCAAUGAGUGUUUGAUCGCUUACCGGACCCGGUCCAAGUGGCCCCUCAACAAUGUGUCCCUGGGACUGCUGGAAGCAGAGCUCAAGGCCCCGGACAUCACAGCAGAUAUGUAUGACCAGGGAGGUCAGGAUGACGUGUACUGGCAGAACUGGAUGAAGGCUUUGAUGAACGAUCUGGAUUAUGAAGACGAUGAGGACGAUCCUGAGUACAACUUCCUGGAAGAUCUUGAUGAGCCGGACAUGGAAGAUUUUCGGAAUGACCGAGCUGUGCAGAUUACAAAGAAGGAGGUGAAUGAGCUGAUGGAGGAGUUAUUUGAAACGUUUCAGGAUGAGAUGGGAGUCCUGGACGUAGAGGAAGAAGGAGGAGAUGAUGACGCUCCCCAGGAACAGGUUCACAACACCUUUAACACUCCUCAGGCGAUACGGUUCGAGGAGCCGUUGGCGAACAUACUGAACGAGCAGCACCGGACGGUGAAAGCCCAGAUCGAGCAGCUGCGACAGCGGAAAGCCAGGCAGCAGGGCUCCCUCCCAGACAGCAAGGGCCCAUCCCGGAGGAGCCAGCAACCAGACACCCUGCUCCUGGACCAGCACCAGAAACAGCAGCUUCAGCAACAGAUGCAGCAGCACGUGCAGCUGCUCACCCAGGUCCACCUGCUGACCAGCGUCAACCCCAGUCUCAACCAAGAGGCAGCCACCUCCCGACUCUUCCUGAAGGAGCUGGACAGCUUUGCAGAGAAGGCCAGGGAGCUAUAUUCAGCCAAAGAGCUGGAUUUCAGCUCCAUGUUCGCGCCCUGCAACUUAGCCGAGGCCCUGGCUCUCAUUGAGGAGUUUGACUCGACGAUUAAACCUCAGGUGAAAAUCCCACCCCGGAGAGAUGACCAGAAGAUGAACAGGCGAUUAGAUGAGUCGAACCAGUUACCGAAGGAGGUGGCGUGGAUCGUGGCGACCAGGGCUGUGUUCCUGUACCCAGAGCUGCUGCCCCAGACUGCCCUGCAGCCCAGACACCCCAAGGACAAGGCUUGGUUCAGCCCAGGAGAGGACAACUUGCUGGUGCUGGGUCUGAAGCACUUUGAGGACACGGACUUCCCCAAGCCGCUGAUCAGUCAGUACCUCAUGCCCCCAAAGACCUACCACCAACUGUCCGUCCGCAUCAAAAACCUCACCGUCAGUCGCGCUCCGGAUAACGUGAUCAAGGUUUUUAAGAAGAGGAAGAUCGUGCUGCCAAUGCCGAGCCGGUGUACAGCGGUGAGUCCGGAGGAUAGGAAACCCCCCGUGGAGAGGGAGGAGAGCAAGCUGCCCUAUUGGCUGCAGAGGAGUUUACCGGCGAUCCGCCAAUGGCUGGAGCUGAGGAAGGAGGAGGCCCGAGCCCGUGUCGAGGAGCCAGCCGGAGGGAGUGAGCUUCCUGAGGGGGAGCUGGGGUGUGCCCGCUGUCCGCCCGCAGCCCCCCUGCAGCUCCCGGACGGGGUGACCCUCCUUGUGAAGCCCAGGCUCGGCCACCUGACCAAGAGGGAGUUACGCAGAUGCAAACGCCGCCCGUCCGCCACCAAACCCGUCCUCAUCCACCCGGCCGUCAAGAGGACCCCCUGCAAGCAGCCGGGACCCCUGCUCCCCCCUCAGCCUGGGGCCCGGCCCCCACCCCGCCUCAUCCAACCCGCCCCCUCGGUGCCCCUUCCCCCGCAGCCUCAGCCCGUGCCCACCCUGGCGCCGGCUCGCCCUUGCCCCCCUCCCCGGCUCUGCGGGGGCUCCUCCGGGCGUAAACCGCGAGGGAGGAGGCCGGGGAGAGGGGAGGGCAGGGGCAGGAGGGCUGGGCCCCGACCCGCCAUCGUCCCGGUAACCGUCCAGCAGGCGCCGGUCAUCCUGACGGUCCCGGCCGGGUUGAAGCUCUUGAGCCUGCCGGCCGCGGGCAGCGUGCUGGACGUGGCGUCUGGCCACACCCUGCGGCUUGCCACCAUGAUCGUCAGCCAGCCCGCCUUCACCUGCCCCCUGUCCUGUCCCCCGGCCAGCGGUGACGGGGAACCGGGCAGUGGCGGCUGUUCCACCUCCCGCCCCGAGGCCGGGCAGAGAGAGGAGCCGGCAGUGACGGUGGUCUGCCCGGGACCCCAGCUGGUAAACGGGGCUCCCGGCUCCGUGCCCGACCAGCUGGCGGUGAAUACUGAGCCAGCUGAAGGUACGGACCCCGGCAAUCCCCAGGAAACCAGCUCCGCAGUCCCAGAGCAGCCCCUGCCUCAGGUCCCUCUCGCUCCAGACAGCCCCCCAGGUGAUCAGGGAGCCCCUGGCCCCAGCGAUAAGCAGCAGGUCCUGCUGAGGCUCAGGGAGGAGCUGGACGUGGGUAGCCCUCUCGAGAGUGAGAGUCGGCAGCCCCCUGUCCCGGAGAAAGCUGAGCCAGGUGCUGCGGAGGCCUCUCCCAGGGAGGAGAGCUGUCAGGAGCUCCCGGAGACGUCCCGGGAUGGUCCCGAGGACGCAGCCCCCAGUCCCGAGGAUCUGAAAUCUCUCCUGGACAAAGUGGAUAAGGAUGGCCCGGAGGAGGAGGAGGAGGAGGAGGAUUCCGAUGACCUGACAGAGGAUGAGGAGGUUUUGUCUUCAGCCUCUGAAGAGUCAGCACUCUCUGUCCCUGAGCUCCAGGAGACGAUGCAGAAACUCACCUGGCUGGCAUCUGAACGGAGGCUGAGCCAGGAGGCCGAUUCCGAGGAGGAGAACUCUCAGGAGGAAAACUCGGAGCCUGAUGAGGAGGAGGAGGAGGGCGAUGGACUGGACCUGAAGGGGGCCGACGGGCUCCUACAGGAGAUGGCAGACAAGGAGGGCCGGACAGUGGGCUUCCCAACUGCACGGGGCCAGAUCCGAGCUGGGGGCUGCUUACCAGGGGAAGGCCGGAAACUCUGUGAGAAAGGCAAGCCGUGUAGCCGGUCGCGAGUGAAACGAGGGAGGAGGAGGCGAAUCAGUAAGGACACCUCGAAACUCCUACUGCUCUACGAUGAAGACAUUCUCAACAACGACCCCCUGAGGGAGCAGAAAGACAUGGCGUUCGCCCAGGCCUACCUCACCAAGUUUGAGGAGCAGCAGGCGUUUGACAAGAGCCGGAGGUUCCUGCGCCAGUUGGAGAUCUGCUUUGCGGAGAACCCCACCCAUUACCAGAAGAUUAUCAAGGCCUUGCAGAGCUGCAUGGUGUGUUCCCGGCCGGACGUGGCUGAGUUGAAGGUGCAGGUUUGGCAGCUGCUGAAGGGUCACCACCAUCUCCAGGAUGAGUUCUCACUCUUCUUCGAUAGCCUUCGGCCUCCCAGCAGCAGAAUGAGUGACUUCGAGGAGGUCAACUGGACUGAGGACAAGGAAUAUGAGUUUGAUGGCUUCGAGGAGGUGGUGCUGCCUGACCUUGAGGAUGACGAGGAGAUUCAGAAGAUGGUGCCUCUGCCGAGGAACAAGAAACGACGCGAGUGUCCCCCGCAUGAGAAGAGCCUGGAUUCCAAAAGCUCCAAAGGGAAAGAGUCUGGGAAUGUCCUGGAGGCCUGGAGCCCACAGCCCGGGAGUAAGGAUCCUGGGAAAGCCGGUGAUCUGGUGGAGGAUGACCUUGAGCAGGAGGACCCUCACCCUCCCGACCCCAGCAAAGCUGAGAUCGCUGUCUCAGCAGCGGCUUCAGGGAGGAGCCCAUGUCUGCCCCCAGCAGCCUGUGAGGAAGGCCAGCCCUGGGGGAGCGUGCGGUCCCCAGGCCCUGACCACUCCAUGGGCGAGGGCGAGGAGAUAGAGAGUGCAGCAUCUCGGUUCAGGAUGGAGACCCCCAGCUCCCUGGUGGGAUCCCCCAAUGGUCCCUGCAGCCCCCCUGCUGAGGGCGAGGGGGGAGACAGCUCCUGCAGCCCCAGCCCCACGCAGCGGGGAGAGGGGGGCGAAGAGGAGGCGGACAGAGGAGGGGUAAUGAGGCUCACGGCAGCGGAGGGAGCGCCUGGAUCCAGGGAGAACACGUCCCGAUCGCAGGGAGGGGACUGGGCCAGGCUCAGACCCCAGCCUCCAACCACAAAGGACCAAGAGCACAGAGUGGCUACUACCAAGGACCAGUCCCACCAGGAGGUGGGAACGCCGGGAGGGGGAGAGGGGGUGAGCUGGCGGGCAGAGGAGGAGGGGAGCCCUGGCCCGGCCCCUGGGGAGAUCUCCCUCCAGCCAGGAGGUCACGCCUCGGUCAAGUUUGCCUCAGCCAGUGCCCAGGUCCGCUUCCAGAGCUGCCAGAAACUGUCUGACCUCUCGCCCAUUGACCUGCGGCUCACGCUGGCUCGCAGGGCCUUGCCGGACAGAAGCUACCAGAGCAGCCGUGAGGAUGAGGCUGCUCUCGGAACGUCAGCCCGCGGAAGCCCAGCAGUGAGCCUUGCCCUCGGCCCCAGCUCCGAGAAUUCACUGCUGCAGGCCGAGAGCGAUGAAAGUUACAGCCAGGCCCAGGCUGCAGUCUGUGCUCAAAACACCCGACUCAGCUCGACAGGGGAACGCGUGGUGCUGUGGACAAGGGAGGCCGAUCGAGCGAUUCUCACAGCCUGUCGGGAGAGUGGAGCCAAUGAAGAGACCUUCCGGGAAGUGGCACAACAGCUGAGCAGCAAGUCAGCCCAGGAGGUUUCACAGCGUUUCCGUGAGCUGAUGUGGUUGUUCCACACGUCGGGCGAUGGCAGUACUGACGAGGAAGAGGACACCAUGAGCAGUAGUAACCCCGAGCAGCUCUCUGAUCGCCCAGUGUCCGAUGAGGAACAAGACUGACCCUCACAGACCAGCUGGAUGUGUGUUCCUCCCCUGUAAUUACAGGGACAUUCCUUGCCGUGAGUCUUGUGACUGCCAAUGAGAAUGAGUGACUAAUUGAUGGCUGGUGUUUGUGAACGGAACGCUGACCUGUGUCUCCUUCUGCAGCCCAGAGCAUCUGAGUGUUGUGGAUAUCCAUUUGGUUUGUUUUUGUUCCAAGUAUUUUUAAUCGCUGUGCUGGUGUCAGGUCCUGUUCCAGAAGGACAUUGUGAUGUUCACUGACCUGUUCCUUUACCCAGAGAGUGUACCUGGGGUUUGAUUGUAUUCUCUGUACCCCUGGUGAGUAAAGCACGUCCCCGUUGGAAGAUGCGGGAGGAAUUGGGCAGUGGAGGCUGUGAUUGCUGGUCGAUUUACGGCCCUGUCUUAACUUUGCUGCUUGUGUGUUGGGGACCCUGACCUCACUGUAUUUCAGUACAUCAGGCCCACACUAUCCCCUUCCGACCAUGUUCGCAGGGGGAGCGGUUUUAAUCACAAAAAUAAUUCAAACACGAUCAUGGCUUGCAAAAUCGAUAGUCUAUAUUUUCUUACUGACAGUGUUGUACUGGGAACGUGAUUUGGAGAUGCCGGUGUUGGACAGGGGUGUACAACAUUAAACAUCACAACACCAGGUUUAAUUGGAAGCACACUAGCUUUCGGAGCGACGCUCCUUCAGGUGGUUGUGGAGGACACAAUUGUAAGACAAUUCAUAGCAAAAGUUUACAGUGUGAUGUAAUUGAAACAUACCUUCAUUGUUAGAAUGACCAUGAUAGUUUCACAUCUGAAUCCCUAAGAAAAAUGUUUUAUAUGUGAAAGAAGUGAAACUAUCAUGGUCAUUCUAACAGAUGAGACUGAAGGUAUUUUUCAAAGUAUAAUUUCAGUUACAGCACACUAAACUUUUGCUAUAAAUUCUAGCUCUUACAAUUGUGCGCUCGGAAAGCUAGUGUUUCCAAUUAACCCUGGUGUGGUGUGAUUUUUAACUCGUGAGCUGGAGUAUGCAAUGUGGCCUUUAUUGCACAGGAAGGGGUUAUUUUAAAUAUGCAGACUCCCAGUAACUCAGUGGGUUCCCCUGUCAGUCUGAUACUGACCUGAAGCAGUGUCCACACGGACUUGGAAAAGGAUGGAUGUGAGAGUUAUAAAGAAAUAGUCUGUGCUAAUGGAUCCAAAAUUUGGAUAGUGAUUUUACCACCAGCUGCUGCCAGAUAAGUCUUUUUUUUAAAUUGCUGUAAAUUAAAUGUGUAAUGUAUUUUUUUGUACAUGUUAAGUUAUAGUGAGUGGUUGUCUGUAAGUUUGUGUUACUAGCACUGUUGAGUCAAAAUAGCUGAAUAAAUCUUUUGACACUG